AUGGACGGCGACCUAGACUACUCGGACGACGUGGAAAUAUGCGAGCCGGUCGAUAAUCCACAUUACGCCGAACCAUCUCACCCCCUGCGUUCCAACAUCUUCAACGGCGGACGAGGCUACCUCGUGGCGUAUCCGUCGAUAGGAGGCCGCGUCAUCCUCACCCCGACUCCCGUCGACCUGCAAUAUCUCGAUCUACCCCGCACCCACGAUACUGAGCGAUCCCUAUCCAGCGUCGAAGAAGACGAUCUCGCCCUCCGCAUGCUCCGACUCGGUGCUCACUGGUGGCCGACAUGGUCGAUCUACGCCCGCCAUCGCGAAAGUCUCAACAACGGCACGGUAUACGACUUUCACUUCCCGCCAGACGUCGUCGGUGGUUAUCCGUCUUCCGGAGGGGCAUGGGUCGCCAAGUACACCCCUGAACGCAUACAGCGCUUCAACGAACGGAACUUUUCGCUUCCGAUGCGGCCAUUCGAGUGGGACCGGGUUAUGCGGCAGGUUCUCACCAUGGACGAGAAGUGUGCCGCGCUGAAGGAUUUCGGAGCGAGGUUCUAUGAGGAUGUGAGGGAGUGUGAGGAUAUACCCAAGUCGUUGGAAGAGGGAAGGCAGCAGUUUCAGCGAUAUGAGAGACACCUUGAAAAGAUGGACGAUGUUGAGUAUCAGCGCCGGUGGUAUGUCGCCUUCCACAUCGGCGGCCGGGAGAUUGAGGUGGAAGAUGGUUUUGAUGGUUCGAACGAGAAGGCGGGAAAUUGUCAGGGUUGUGUGGUAUCUUAG